AUGGACGACCUCGCGCGCACCAUGUGCGCGCCCCGCCCUCAGCGCCGGGCAUUCGUGAGCUUCCUCCUGGGCGCGGGCGAUUACGUCAAGGGGGUGGUCGCGCUCGCUAAAAGCCUGCGCGCGGUUCGAAGCGCGUACCCCCUGGUCGUGGCGGUCACGGAGUGCGUCCCGCUCGCGCACAGGAAGCUGCUGGCGCGCGAGGGGUGCGCGGUGCGCGAGAUCGAGAAGGUGGCGCCGCCGGGGGGGUUCAAGUUCGCGCUGGACUACUACGCGGUAAACUACUCGAAGCUGAGGAUCUGGCAGUUUGAGGAGUUCGACAAGCUGAUCUACCUGGACGCGGACAUGCUGCUGUUCCAGAACAUCGAUGAGCUCUUCGACAGUCCCCCGGGCACCGUCAGCGGCGUUAUGGACUGCUUCUGCGAGGCUCCUGCAGCCACGUGGAGCCAGUGCCUGGUCCAGUACAAGAUGGGCUACUGCCAGCAGGCGCCGCACAAGACGGCGUGGCCCGCGGACGUCCCCAAGCCGCCGCCCUACUUCAACGCAGGGCUGCUCGUCUUCGAGCCCAGCGCAGCGAUCUUCAAGGACAUGAUGAAGAAGAUAGCGGAGUGGCCGCCGACGCCAUUCGCGGAGCAGGACUUUCUGAACCGGUACUUCGAGGGCGUGUACCGGCCGCUCCCGCUGUGCUACAACCUGGUGCUGGCCAUGCUCUGGCGGCACCCGGAGAACGUCGGCGACGUCAGCAACGUCAAGAACGUGCACUACUGCGCAGCGGGCUCCAAGCCGUGGAACUUCGAACCGGACGCGCCGUACAUGGACCUCCCGGACGUCCGCCGCUUCGUCGCCCAUUGGGUGAAGAUCUACAACUCGGAGUCGCAUUCGAGCCCGGCGCACCUUUUCGAGUCGCGCGACGCGGCCGCGCGCGCGCAGGCGAAGGCGCGGCCCCUGGCCGCGGUCGCGCCCGGAAACCUCCUGGCGAAGGGCAUCACGGCAUAG